AUGGCUUCCGCAGACGAGCUCAAAGCUCUGGGCAACAAGGCCAUCGCCGAGAAGAACUUUGACGAGGCAAUCGACAAGUUCACCAAGGCCAUCGCUCUUCAGCCCGAAAACCACAUCCUCUACUCCAACCGAUCUGCCGCCUAUGCCUCCAAGAAGGACUGGGACAAGGCGCUUAAGGACGCCGAAAAGACGACCGAGAUCAAGCCAGACUGGCCCAAGGGCUGGGGGCGCAAAGGCGCUGCUCUUCACGGCAUGAAUGAUCUCUUCGGAGCCGUUGAUGCGUACGAGGCCGGUCUCAAACAUGACCCAAACAACGCACAGCUCAAGAGCGGUCUCGCCUCUGUUGAGAAGGCCCUGCCGGGCCAAGAAGGCGGCGGACUCGAUCCCACCGGCGGAAUUGGAAACAUGUUCAAGGACCCGAAGCUCAUUCAGAAGCUUGCCUCCAACCCCAAGACGAGCGGCUUCCUUGCCGACCCCACAUUCAUGGCCAAGCUGCAGCAAGUUCAGCAAAAUCCCCUCAACUCGCAGGAUCUUUUCAGCGAUCCCAGAAUGAUUCAAGUGUUGGGUGUCCUGAUGGGCGUUGACAUGGAAAUGCGAGACAGUGCUCCCGAGGGUAGCGAGUCUUAUGUUGUGGCUGAUGAUAAGGACACUCCCAUGACGGAUGCACCCAAGCAGCCCGAGCCAAAGAAGGCGCCCGUACCCGAGCCGGAACCAGAGCUGGACGAAGAAGCUCUAGAGAAGAAGAAGAAGAAGGAAGAGGCCGACAAGGAGAAGGCCCUCGGCACGGAGAACUACAAGAAGCGAAAGUUUGACGAGGCUAUCGAGCAUUACAGCAAGGCAUGGGAGACCUACCAGGAUAUCACCUACCUUAACAACCUUGGCGCAGCUUACUUCGAGAAGGGAGACUACGACAAGUGUAUCGAGUCCUGCCAAAAGGCAAUCGACGAAGGCCGACUUAUCUAUGCCGACUUCAAGCUGAUUGCCAAGAGCUAUGCCCGUAUCGGCACCGCCUACGAGAAGAAGGGAGACCUUGCUCAAGCAGUCGAAAACUACAACAAAUCUUUGACCGAGCACCGAACCCCCGAUGUUUUGAACAAGCUCCGUGCUGCCGAGCGAGCAAAGGCUGAGGCUUCCAAGCAGGCAUACAUUGAUCCUGCCAAGGCUGAGGAGGCCCGUGAAGAGGGCAACAAGAAGUUCAAGGACAUGGAUUUCCCCGGCGCAGUAGCCGCCUACUCUGAGAUGGUCAAGCGAUCACCCGAAGACCCCAGAGGAUACAGCAACCGCGCUGCCGCCUUUGUCAAGCUCUUUGAGUUUCCAAGUGCGCUGGAUGACUGCAACCUGGCCAUCAAGAAGGACCCAACCUUCAUCCGGGCCUAUAUCCGAAAGGCCCAGGCCUACUUUGGCAUGCGGAAAUACUCCGAGUGCGUGGAUGCCUGCGACGAGGCACUGCAGGUUGAUGCAGAGCAUCACAAGGGCGCCAACGCUCGCGAAAUUGAGCAGCAGCAGCAGAAGGCUUUCUCAGCCAUGUACUCUGCCCGAGAGAACGAGUCAGAGGAGCAGACUCGACAGAGGCUGGCUCAAGACCCAGAGAUUAUGGGCAUAAUGCAAGAUCCGGUUAUGCAGUCCAUCCUGCAGCAAUCGCAGUCUGACCCCAUGGCGCUCCAAGAGCACAUGAAGAACCCGAGCGUGCGAUCCAAGAUCCAGAAGCUGAUAGCUGCUGGUGUCAUCAGAGUUGGAGGCCGACAUUGA